CAAUCAAGCCAUAUCACAGCUUUUUUAUUGCACUAUUUUCUUGUUGUAUCGUAAAAUCACUAAGCCUUCAAUUAAGUUAUUUACCUCUCGCACGCGCACAUUUCUUGAUAUUCCUUAUAUUUACCCAAAUCCACUGUAAGGAACCAUUUAAAGACUAAAGAAAAACCAAGCAAUUUAAAAGUAUCAGCCUUGAGAUUGACACACAAUUGAGCAGAAGUUGUUGUUAUUGUCCUCCUAUAUAAGCCAGUAAUUCAAGCAUAGAGCAGCAUGGGCUCGAUUUUAUAAGAACACAUCUUUAAAUAGUGGCUCUGUUGAUCUACUUUUACGUUUACAAAGGCAUUACAGUGGAGGAUCUUUAAGCCUCUUGCAGCUGUCCGAGUCCAUCUCAAUCAAAUACCCCCCUCUAUCUCUGUCUUACCCCCUCCUCUCAGACAAGGCCAAAGGUCAAGUUGAAUAGACAUCCCACAACUUUUUAAGCAAAGGGACAGAUUUUGUUUUCUGAACACACGGUUUAGGGAGGGCGAAUCUACCCUUUCUUUCUUUUUGUCCCCCUCUUUCCGGUGAACAUGCAGAGGUCUUCUCUCGUUCUGGUCCGAUUGAGAAGGGGACUCCUCUACCUCCCUCUCUAACCCCCUCAAUCCCCCUCUCUCUCUACGCCCUUUCUCUUAAUCUAUAAUCCAUCCCUCCAUCCACACACCCCAAACAAAUCCCCCUACCCCCUCAUCCCCACCUCCCCCCUGGGUGGGGUAAUUCCACCGUCCCCCCCCUCCCCUCUCCCCCUGUGUGAUGCCGGGCAGCAGUAAGAGUGGGGGUGUGGGUGGCCUCCCCUCGCCCCCCCACACCGCCUCCCCGUCCCGGCCACUUCGCCCGUCCCGCUACGUGCCCGUGUCGGCAGCGACGGCCUUCCUGGUGGGAUCCACCACACUCUUCUUCUGCUUCACGUGUCCAUGGCUGACGGAGCAGUUCUCGGUUGCCGUGCCGAUCUACAACGGUGUCAUCUUCCUGUUCGUCCUGGCCAACUUCUGCAUGGCCACAUUCAUGGACCCGGGCAUCUUCCCCAGAGCGGAUGAGGAUGAGGACAAGGAGGAUGAUUUCCGCGCUCCACUCUAUAAGACGGUGGAGAUCCGAGGCAUCCAGGUCAGGAUGAAGUGGUGUUCAACCUGCCGCUUCUACAGACCGCCCCGCUGCUCACACUGCUCCGUGUGUGACAACUGUGUGGAGGACUUUGACCACCACUGCCCGUGGGUGAACAACUGUAUCGGCCGGAGGAACUACCGUUACUUCUUCCUGUUCCUGCUGUCCCUGACGGUCCACAUCAUGGGAGUGUUUGGCUUCGGACUGCUCUACAUCCUCUACCACACACAGCAGCUGGACAGGGUCCACUCUGCCGUCACUAUGGCAGUGAUGUGUGUGGCUGGUCUCUUCUUCAUCCCAGUGGCUGGUCUCACUGGCUUCCACAUGGUACUGGUGGCCCGGGGGAGAACCACCAACGAACAGGUGACGGGGAAGUUUAGGGGAGGAGUGAACCCUUUCACUAAUGGCUGUUGGAAGAACGUUUCUCACGUGCUCUGCAGCUCCCAAGCACCCAGGUACCUGGGGAGGAAGAGGAAGCUUCACAGUGUGGUUGUCCAGCCUCCAUUCCUCCGGCCACAGCUCACUGACACCCAGCUGGCCGCCAAGGUCCUCGACAACGGUAUCCACGGAGACCUCCACCGGUCUAAGAGUAGUCUGGAGAUGAUGGAGAGUCAGUCGUGCGAUGCGGAGCCCGCUCCUCCACCCAAACCAGAGCUCAGGUACCCCGGCCUGUCCAGAGGUCACCACGGGCAACACACAGAGGAGAGUAGUCUUCUGAACAAAGCCCCGCCCACACCCACCAUGUAUAAGUACAGGCCGACCUAUAGCAGUCCAGGAAAGAACCACACUGCCCUCACCCAUGCCUACGCCAACCAGAUGAGUCGAGGGGACAGUCUGAAGGAGUCGUCCUCUCUGCUCCAGUCCAGCCAGCAGCCUGGCUUCCGCUCUGAACCCAGUCUGGAUGGGAGAGAGGCCCCAGGGGAGAGAGGAGGAUUGGGAGGAGGUGGAGACAGACCUGGAGGAGGGGGGUCAGUAGGGGGGGCACCAGGGUCAGGGGGUGGCGGUAUCCCCGGUUACUCCCUAGGGGGACGUUCCUACCCCUCCUUCUCAGACCCAACGGUUCUAUCUACCGGCGGAGGGGGAGGGGCUUCCCGUUCUUCCAGCGUGCGUUCUGGCCCUGCCCACAACGCGGCCCACGUCUCCGAGGCGACGACCUCCACGAGCUACAAGAGCCUGGCCAAUCAGACGCCUCCGCCGCGCAACGGCAGCCUAUCGUACGACAGCCUGCUCACGCCCUCCGAGAGCCCCGACUUUGAGUCGGCCGCCCCCGACAUGUCGCCCGGGCGCCACCAUACCCCCAUCCCGCCCGGCCCGGGCCCUGUCCUGGGGUACUCCUCCCCCUACCUGUCGGCCCAGCUCAGCCAGCAGAGAGACGCAGAGCUCCACCAGCCCUCCGCCUCCUCGGUAGCCCUCCUCUCCUCCCCGCACCGUGCCCACUAUCUCCGCGCCUCCUCCUCUCCCCCCGCCUCUCCCGAGAGGGAGCGACUCCUCCAGGAAUCGCACAACACUCUCAGCCCCUCCCUCCUCCGCGGCCCCCAGCCCCCCCACCCACACCACCACCACCAUCACCACCACCACCACAGCAGCCACAGCUCCAGACACCCCCGCUUCUCCCGGCCCCCGCUCCUGUCCGACUCGGCCGCCCACCACCAUUACCCCUACCGCACCCGGUCCACGGACACCCCCCUGGCCCCCUCCACGCACCCCCCGCGCUCCCCCCACCCCCCGCCGCUGGGGAAGUCUCUGUCGUACUCUUCGGCGGCGGCAGCGGAGAUGCAGUACCGGAUGGUGCGCAAGGCGUCGGCUUCGGUCGGAGGGGGAGGGCGGAGGGGGAGGGGGAUCCAGGCACCUAAGGAUGAGAUUCAGAUGAAGUUGUUCAGCCGGACGAACGGUCAGCCCAGGUCCUCCCUUUCCUCCUCAGGCUCCACCCCUUCCUCCCCCUCUCACCCAAUCAGCAUGUCCACUCGCCCCGGACAGGCUUAUCCCAGCCCUGGAAACACCCAGAGCCCUGCCCACAAGCCGGGGGGCGGGGUGAAGAAGGUGACGGGCGUCGGCGGGACCACCUAUGAGAUUUCAGUCUGAGUUUGACGGGCGGCGACUCCGACUAAUGGCAUCAGGGGUAGGAGGUGAAGGAGGGGUCAGAGAUGGACUGAUGAUAUUUCUGCCUCUAAGACCCUUCAGGAGAGAGGAAAGCUUUUAAUAAACAGACGUUUUAAAAGUUGGGUGAUAAAACUGACUUUUUUUGCUCCUCUUCCAAAUGUGAUGGACUCCGGACUUCCCCUCUCGUUCAAAGACCUCCAGUUAAGGAACUACAGAACUAAUCGGGAGGAAGUUGUUUAACCAAUCACAUUCAAGAACACAAUGCACCAUUAUGACAUUGUGGGCGUAUGGGCCCAGGGAGCCAAUCAUAUCCCUGAAGAGGCGGGACACUUUGACAAUCCACCAAUUUCUGGGCGGAAUUAACUCUGGGAAUGGUCGACUGACAGUUAUGACUGGGUUUGCCUUUUAUUGGAUAAAACAAGGAAGAUCAACAUGGCUGCCUUUACACAGGCAGCCCAAUUCUGAUUUUUUUUUUACCAAUCAGAUCAGCUCUGAAAAGAGCUGAUGUAAAAGGAUCUGAUCUGAUUGGGCAAAAUACAUCUGAAUUGGGCUGCCUGUGUAAACACAGCCCAUAUUUAAAAAAAAUAUGUUCAUUUAUUAAUUCAUUCAUAAAUGUGUAAUGAUUCAUUCUCUGUACAGAAUUAUAUGGUUUGGAAUUUAUGGUGAUUUCCUCCAAUCAGUGGCAUUUAAAGGUGACCGCGGCAUGCUCCGGCCACUAUCGACCACUGUGAUUGGCUAGUGACCUCGCUGCCAUUCUCUCACGACCAAUCAGAAAUGGAGAUGCUAAACUGUAGUAGACGGGUAGGGUCAUUGGUGAAUUUCGUUUUGCCUGGCCCUGUGCCCUGGGAGGGAUUUCACUUAAGGACCAAUGGAAUGGUAAAAAAAUAAAAAUACCUGACCAGUGACGAAAUCGUCAGGUCUGUACUUUAAGGAUGGAGCAGCCUUUUCUAAACAAACCUUGGAGCAAUGGCCUUGAAAAUCAAGGAGAGAAGUGUUUUUUAAUUUUACUUAUUUAAUUUCAAAAUGUUCUUUUAUAUGAAUUUAUAUAUAGCUGUUGAUAAGAUCAAGAUUUUUUUUAAUGGGCUGAUAGGGUUUUUCUGCUUUGAGUUAAUUUAAAAAUUGUAACUGAACAGGAAAAAAAACUGUUGCCGCGUUCACGUGCUAGUCAGAACUUGGAAAUGUUUGACUUGCUAACUGCUUUUAGUUUAACACGUGCCGCGUUCAACCAGUUAGCAAGUCGAAAAUGUCAGUUUCCUAGUUCCGACUAGCCCUUGAACGCGGCUCAUUUAGAUUGAUGGCUGCACCAGCCAAUCAGAGGCUGUGUUUUGAGUCUUCAGCCAAAGAGAGGAGCUGGACAAUUAUGGUUCAGCCAAUGGGAACCAAUGUAUUUGAUAAAAGAAGGCAAUGUAGCAUUUUUAAGUCCUUUGAUACACAGUAACCACUCGAUUUCUCGUGGGGCAUAUUUCAGAAAUACUCUGUUGUACUUUGUUUACUUCUGAGCUUUGUAAUGGUUGUGUCUGAAAUGGCACCCUAUUCACUAUGUAGUGCACUACUUUUGACCAGGGCCUAUAAGGAAUAGGGUGCCAUAACACACACAACCAAAUAUUUGUUUUAUUGGUCCAGAUACUGACAUCUCUGGUUGCCUUCCACUAGCUGACCUAUUGGGAAAGUAGCGAGAAUCACAUGCUUUGGCGCGACCAAUCCAGAGAGGGCAAGUGAUUCAUAUCAGCCUACUCUUUUAUUUGUUAAUGGUUAAACCAAUGAGAUGAGCAGCUGAAAGUAACACCCUUUUUAUAUUUAAUUUAUACUUUUCUUUGCAAGAUUUUAGGACAAUUUACAGGGCAUUGCUUUAGACUUACAGUUUGUUUGACCAGUCAGAAAUGGGCUAGGACUAAAAGAGCACGUCGCCCAAUGAGAAGGCAAAGAUGUUUGACUGCCAUCAGGAACAGCCAAUGCCUUUUGCAGAUGAUGUUUAGACAAGUACGGGCCUGGGACUUGGGUGUUUGAAAUUGGAAGAAAAAAAAAGAUAUGUACUGUAUAGAGCUCUGUGUGUGUGUGUGGGCGUGUAUGUGCGUGUGUUUGAGCAUUGGUAAUAAAGUCUUUAAAACCAAAGGCAGCAUGCUUUGUUCUGCUUGUAGUUGAGGUUGCUGAUGUCUGGCAACACAUGAGGAGAAAGCACCGAACACAGGCUACUUACUACACAUUCAGAGUAGAACUUUGAGCUGGACCAAAGGAUUCCACUUUGGCUAUGAAAAGGUAAAUUAAGGUUACUUAAAUAGGUACGUUAAGAUGAUCCAGUUACAGUAUAUUUUCAUGCACCUUUAACAGAAUUUCUUCCACACAGGAUACAGAGAAUGAUUAUGGGGUUUACAUCAGCCAGUGGUGCCUGUAAUUAGUUCUCAGGUUCAUUUGUAGGGAGCAAACCCCUACUGGUGGGGCUGAAAACUUGGCUUCAUGUCUCGCCUCCCUCCAUAACUCUUAAAUGCCGUCCCUAUCACAAUGUACCAGAAGGUGGUAACAAAAUGUAGGUUGUGAAUUAUGCCACAUUGCCACCAGGUGGCGCCAAAACGUACAUGUUACUGAGACGCUUAAAUCCCCAUUUAUCUGUGAUUAUAGUACUGUAGCGCGACUUGAAAUGUAAAGGCAAUGUUCCCGCGUUCGGGAACAUUGCCAGACUCAAUUUAUUAAUGUACACAUUUUUAUUGCAUAAAAAAAAACAUCACGUCGGACACACCUCACGGUUUCAUCUCAAGCAGCAGGUAGGCUCACCCAUUCACGCAUUCGCAGGAGCAAAUACACAAUCUGAACAGAACGUUGAGACAGACAGCAGGAUUAUACAGUAACCAAGGGAAUGUCAAACGGGUAGUAAAAUGUAUGUUCUGUUACAUCGCCUAGAAGAAGUGCUACUUCACCUCAAUUUACACUUUUCUUUGCACUGGUGUAAAAAUGUGUUUUGUCAACAAUUACAAAAUGACAACUGGGUUAAAAAAAAAAAAUUAAGACGUGAGUGUUUAGACAGAAGCCAGCCCUGAAAUGGGAGCUUUUUAAAGUAAAAAAGUAAUUCUUCCUAUUCUGUCAGGUAGAAGAGUGAGGGAUAGAGACUAGCACUACCUACCUCAACUUUCCACAACUCCAUCGCUGAUAUGACUAUUUUGUGGACAACAAAAUAACACUGGUCUAGUUCUAAAAUGGAAUUGGCGUUAAUAGCAAAACGCUCUGUUCUCUCCAUCCUCAUCUUUCCCUUCAGCGUCAUCUUUAACUGAAAACUAUGAUUAGGUGACAAUAACAGAACUCACAGACAACCACUUAUGGAAGAAAAAAAACUAGCUAAUAUAUAUUUAACAAUUCCCUCUCAAAGACAGCCUUUUAGGACAGAGACCGUGGUUCAUAGACACACACCCGAUCUUAUCAUCAUGGACCCAAUUGGAGGUAGGUAGAUGGCUUGAAGUGUUUGACCAUGUCUUAACCAAUAGAGUA